CGGUGGCGGGAGAAGCGCUUCCGGUGGCAGUGGAGGCGGCGCUGAGCGGGUCCUGCAAGCGGCGCGGGCGGUGGCCCGGGGAGAGCGUCCAGAACGAUGUCCGGGGAACUUCCAUUAAAUAUUAACAUCAGGGAACCUCGAUGGGAUCAAAGCACUUUUGUUGGAAGAGCCAAUCACUUCUUCACUGUCACCGAUCCCAGGAAUAUCCUGUUAACCAAUGAACAACUAGAGAACGCGAGGAAAAUUGUGCAUGAUUACAGACAAGGAAUUGUUCCUCCAGGCCUUACAGAAAAUGAACUAUGGAGAGCAAAAUACAUCUACGAUUCAGCUUUUCAUCCCGACACUGGUGAAAAGAUGAUUUUGAUAGGAAGGAUGUCAGCUCAGGUUCCAAUGAACAUGACCAUCACGGGUUGUAUGAUGACAUUUUAUAGGACCACCCCGGCAGUGCUGUUCUGGCAGUGGGUUAACCAGUCCUUCAAUGCCGUGGUCAACUACACCAACCGCAGCGGAGACGCCCCCCUCACUGUCAACGAAUUGGGGACAGCGUAUGUUUCUGCCACAACAGGUGCUGUAACAACAGCUCUAGGACUCAAUGCAUUAGCCAAGCGUAUCUCCCCACUCAUAGGACGUUUUGUUCCUUUUGCUGCUGUAGCUGCUGCUAAUUGCAUUAAUAUUCCAUUAAUGCGGCAAAGGGAACUCAAAGUGGGCAUUCCUGUCACAGAUGAAAAUGGCAACCGCCUGGGCGAGUCAGCCAAUGCUGCCCAACAGGCCAUCACUCAAGUGGUGGUCUCCAGGAUCCUCAUGGCCGCCCCAGGCAUGGCCAUCCCUCCAUUUAUCAUGAAUGCUUUGGAAAAGAAAGCCUUUUUAAAGAGGUUCCCAUGGAUGAGUGCACCUAUUCAAGUUGGACUUGUUGGCUUCUGCUUGGUGUUUGCUACACCUCUCUGCUGUGCUCUGUUUCCUCAGAAAAGUUCCAUGUCAGUGACAAGCUUGGAGCCUGAAUUGCAAGCCAAGAUCCAAGAAAGCCAGCCUGAAUUACGGCGUGUCUACUUCAACAAGGGAUUGUGAAGCCGAGAAAGAAGCCUCUCCUGAAUGGGCAAACCUGCCAGCAGAAAUCCUGCAUAGCCCUGGAGGGGAGGACAGCCCUCAUCCAUGCGGGUUCGCCCAGGGACGGAAACCUCUUAAAGAUUCACCUUACCUUGUAGAGUCAAACUACUGCUGACCGCACGGCACCUGCAGGGAGCCGGCCCCGACUCCUCUGGCUUCUUAUCUUUGAAUCACAUUCUUACAGAAAUACCCGCCCUGUCGCUCUUAUAAUGAUUUUACUUGAAUGUUGUAUAUUAAUCACAUUCCACCUGUUUGAAAAUAAGGAAUCCGUGGCCCAUUGUUUACAUCAUCUGUAGUAAUUUCACAAGGAACAUACUUAAUGUAACAGAUUAUGUGUGGAGUCUGUAGUUGGCCAAAGAAAAAAAGUGGUGGUGACCGCCGAGCCAGAUCAGGAGAUUCUGUUGUGAUUCAGAGACUUGUAAGUGAUAACAAUGUAGAAACGAGUUCUGACAGAUUUUUCUUGAUGUGACCAGGGUGAAUUUCCUCAUAAAGAAAACAUGGCGUGCCUUGUG